ACCACAUCUGCAUCUAAGCCCUCUUAUUGCUGAAGUGGUUUUCCUCCGAAACCUCAUUUUGUAUACUUCCUUCCUGACACAAGCUUGAAGCGUGCCACACUUUUUCAUCUCGACGUUUUCAUCUCGUUAACUUGAUUUCUUCAAGUUUGUAAGUCUUGAUCAUGGCUGAACACUAUGAAGACAAUGGCAUUCAGCAGCGGGUCAACGAAAGGGGGAUCACCGAGAGCUACGUCCGCGGGACCCACAUGACUGUUAAGCAGCUCAAGGCUGAGUCUGAAGAUCUACACUGUGUCGACUACAUCAGUAAACAUGUAGCUGCUGGACACAGUGACAUACCGGAUCAAUUUUCAGUUCCUCAUUACCCUCGACCUGUGCAGUUCCGCCUGUCCAAAUUAGCACACGUGACAACUAAAGAGGGCAUGGAUGGCAUUCUGGAUAGGAGCGGGUUUACGGGGGGCAUCAAUGACCUUCUGUGGUGGGGUCUUGCGAUUCGUCCAGGGGAGAGGCGUUGGGCGGAGCGGCGGUACCUGAACACGGUCUUCCCUGAACGCACUUUACAUCAGAGGAGGAACCAGGAGCCUUUCCUGCACGCGUUCGCCAAGUCUCCUGCGUUCAAGAGAGGGUCUCGCUACGGAAACUUCCGUUUCGCCUUGCCACUGCAGGAGGUUCUGCAGGCGUACAGCACUCAGUUCUGUGGCGGGAAGGAGCCCAUCCUUAGAGUGUGGGAGACUGUUGUGUACAAGCAGGAGAUCAUGUACAGUGUGCUGGUCCACAGUCCUGAUGUUCAUGAUUACGAUGACUGCCCAGAGCUGUUCAGUAAUGAGGAGGGAGUGUGUGCUUACCACAAUAGGAAGAUUAUCUGGCGUGCUCAAGCCAUCUCGAAAACACACCAAUUUGGGCUGAUAGAGGACGAAUUUGACAGGCAGUGCAGUGUAGAGGAUUUAGAGUAUGAUGUGUUUUACGUGUGGGAUCAUGUGACUCUGGCCUUCCACAUUCCCCAGGGUAACUGUCUGUAUUUCCCCCAGGAGAGGCUUCUUGAUUGCCUGAAUGCAUGUCCUAAUGGGGAAACAGGCCUAAAUGAGCUCAUUGGCCGUAAAAAAGCCAAGGCCAUAGUGAACGAGAGAAAGGCAGUGGCUUACAGUAAAGUAAAUGGAUGCUUCAAUGGGUGUAAUUGAUCUCUUGGAUAAAAAAUGGUCUGCAAAAAAUGUAGACUGUGAUUAUGUGGUGGCCCUCUGAUGGCGGCGAUGAAAUGAUGUUGCUCACUGACUGCCCAAAUUGUUAGGAAGGAAGAGAUGUGUAUUCUACUGACCAACAGUAUAAUAACUGAUUUAUUCAGUUGUGGUUUAAAAAAAAAUCUGGUCAUUAUUGUUUUGAAUUACUGUUUUAUCUACAGGCCGCACUCAGUGAGAAGGAAGGAUUGGCAAAGGUAUCGAACCUGGGUCGGCCACAUAGCAGACGACUGCCCUACCGUUAAGCCAUAUAAAGAAGCACAUAUAGAAAUAGGACAAAAACACAAACAGACAUAUGAAUUAUACACGUUUCCAAACUAAGCUUCUGUUUUUCUAACAACAAUUCUGUGCAACUAGCAGAGAUAGACAGUGAUAAAAUUUCAACACUGUUGCUUCAAACAAAUGGAGAACUAGACUCAAAGUUGUGAAAAACCACAAUGCAGGGGCAGUUUAUUUUUAGACUCUAAGGCCGAGAGGGUGAACAAAAGGUCAGAUAUACUUUACGUUAUUAUAUUUGACACGGAUUAUAGCUCAUAUACAACAUGCGAUUGUGUGUAACGUGUAUAACAUACAAUUGAGCCAAAUUACAACCAUAAGGUUAUUUGUCAGCUGUAGUCAUUGGACAAGAAUUGUUGUUGAAAAGGAGGAUGUUUAGAAUGUAUGAUAAUAAAAUAUAGUACGUAGUAUAGUAAAGUAAGCAACCAUGCUAUGAUGGGAUUAAGGACACAAAAAACACAACACAAGAUUAAUGACUAAAAUGUACACAGUGUUACCCUGUUCUUUAACCAUUUUUUAAGGUGUGCGCGAGUGCAUGAUUGAAGAGAUCAAAGAGUUGCAACCAGUAGCAGUUGAGCUACUAAGUCUGUGUUUUUUUUUCUAACCAACUGUGCCGGGGAACACUAGUGUGUUGUGAGAGAUCAUCUGGUGUGUCGUAAAAAAUCGUAUAAUGACUGUACAUUAUUCAUUAGGCAUGGGGGUGUUAUUUUUCUUAUUUUCUUUCCUUCUUAUUUUCUUAUUCUUUCUCAUUUACUUUUGUUAUUUUUGUUGUUAUUCUUAUUAUUUUUGUUAUAUUUUUGCUAUAACAUUAACAAUUGAUGAUUUGCCUUGGCAUCUUUGUCUUCGAAUAGGUUGCCAAUUACGGUACACAUGUCUCUACAACUGUUGUUUGCUUGUAUGCCCUGUGUGAUACAGAGAAAGAAGGGAAUUUGAAAUUACCAAGAUGAAGAAUAAAUAAAUAAAUAAACAAAAAUGUUUUCAUGACAUGGACACUGACAGUGAUUGGCUGAGGAAAUGGAACAUGCUAGAAGGGCCUGAGCUGAUAAAAAGUGAGAGGAGCCAGGCCAUCGUGUCACUUGCUUUGGGUGUGCUAUUAGAAGCAUCUCAGGGUAGGUUUCCAGGUUUCAUCUCUGUGUCGUGUGUUGUCUGUCUUUUAAGAUGGCUGUUUGCAGAAACGCUGCAUCAGACUUCUACAUUUAUUGUAUCACUACAUUUGUGGUUUACUGUCUUGUGUGCAUCUUGAGUAAAUACAGUAAAUAGGCUUAAACAAUGUUUA